AUGCAACUUCAACAGGGUCAAAGGGCUCACGCAGCCACUCCUGUUGGUAAUAACGGUUCUCCUUCUUCACAACAACCUGGAGUUGCUACAAGUUUUUUGUACGGAUUAACAAAAUUUGCUGCUUACACUUCUGCCUAUGCUACUGAGGCUUAUCAGAUGUUACAUUUCGGAGGGAAAGAAUCAGAAAUACCUAAUAAAAGGUCUCCUAGAAAGUCACGAAAAAAUUAUUAUCCCGAUGAUGAUGUAAUGCAAAUUGGGGUAGACUCUGAAGUUUCUGGAUAUGAGGAUAAUGAUGAGUUUACUGACAAUGAAAUAAAUCAAAGUAGUGACGUUAACGAAAUAAAUGAUAAUAUCGAACCUAAUAAAAAAGGUCAACGUUCAUCAUGGUUUGCAAACGACGAAGAUGAACCUCCGCCACCAUAUGAUAUUUCUUGGGCAUUGGAACAACGCAAAAAUUCCAACAUCUCCACCGAUAAUUUAUCUGACUCUUCCCCAGAAAAAUCUGCCCAAAAACAGAUACAUUUUGCAACUCCAACUGAACCAAUACAAAGAAAUUCCUCUCCAAUUGAUAUUUUAUCUUCUAAUCUACCUACACCUACUAAACGUAGACAAAUUCGUGUACGUCGUCCUAGGCGACCACUUCGUCGUAAAUCUUCUUCAACUGAUAUUUCAUCAAUGCAUCGAGCAUAUGACGAUCAAGAUGAAAUGUUACUUAAAGUAAAUGAAAAGUUGGCAGACAUGAUCGUUCAGGGUAAAGCUGCAUUAAAGAGUAAAGUCGAUAUCACUGAAGUUGAUAUGAUUCUUGCUGAAGAAAAAGACCGAGAGCAAAGAAUUAUGAGAGAGUUAGGAUUACACACCCCAGUUAGUCGUCGAAGAAGAAAUACGGGUUCUUCUUCAGAUUAUGAAUAUUUUGGAGGUAAUUUAUCAGAUUCGGGUAGUUAUUCAGCACCCGAAUCAUCAUUCUGUGAUUACGGAUAUGGAUCUGUUAGCGGUUAUGCAACACCAAAUGGACACGGAUGCACAAGUCAUAAUAAAUAUACAUCUAUCCAUUAUAAUACUCCUGCUCAGUAUGGUUCCCCCGGAAUGUUUGAUUCUAAUAUGGAAUCAUCGCCGGUAAGUUACGCAAACGAUUAUACAUCAUCACUACCGCAUUCUCGAUAUCAUACAGUACCUCUUCCAUCAAAUAACGCAUAUGGAGGAGGUUAUUCGGGAACGAUACCAAAUUUUAACGGUUCAUCAUCUAGUAGAUUCGGAGGAAUACAACCAAAAGGAUAUGAGGGAUAUGGUGGACAUAUAGGGCCCAAUUCCUCUUCAGAUAAUUUUGGUGGACAUAUAAAUUCUAAUUCAAGUAAUUUUGGUGGACAUGGUGGACAAGGUGGACAUAUGCCUUCUAAUAAUUUUGGUGAUCAAUAUGGUUCAAAUUAUGGAGGACCAAAUGUAAAUCAUUACUUCUGGACAGAAUGA